AUGACAAAGUUGGGCACCUGUUCAUUCCGUUUGCAAGCUGUUGAGAUAGCCUUCUUGCCAAUGCAUGGCGACUGUAAACUCCAACAACAGUUGGAUUGUGACAUUGCGGCAUUGCUGUUUGGAAUGUCGCCCAUCUUUUGUCUGCAUCUCCCAGUGUACGUGAUUGCAGGCCAGAUUGUCUGGCUGGCACACAACGUGCAGCCUGUUUGCCUCCCUUGCUGCUCUGACUGUACUGUAGUCCACAGAGCUGCCAGGUGUUCAGUUGUGCUUUAUGGGUUGCUGAAGCUGUCAAAGUUUGCAGCUGCUGAACAUAGUUUGGGAACCGCCUGGGCAGGGCAAUGA